AUGAAACGUAUAAAUACAUAUUUUAAAGUAUUAGAUUCAUCAGAAUCAAAUUCUAAACUUACUACUAAUGAUGUUCAAACUUCUAAUACAGAAACAGUGAGUGUAGUUGACCAUAGUAUUUUCGAUAUUAACAUACAUGUUGGUAAAAAAUUGAACGAUGCUGAAAAAAUUAAAUACUUAGAAAACAUCUGGAUUCCAGCUAAGACUUUUUCAUUUCCUUCUACUGAGCAUGGCAAGAAACUAUUAAAAUUUCAAUAUAGCUGGCUAGAAAAAUGGAAUUGGCUUGCUUAUAGUAAAGUAAAAGAUGGCUGUAAAUAUUGUGUGCUUUUUUCUCAAUCAAAAGGUGGUAAGGGUAAUCAGCCGCUUGGUCAGCUUUGCACAGAGGCUUUUAAUAAAUGGAAGCAUGCUGUAGAACGGUUUAAUAAUCAUGAAAAAACGAAUUAUCAUCAAAAUAGUGUUAUCGAUUUUCAAUCAGUUUCUGCAAUUGUUAUAGGAAAAUCCGAUUCAGUUUAUCAUCAAUUAAAUAAAGCUGAAAAAACUCAAAAAGAAAACAAUCAAAAAAUUAUUAUUCCAGUAAUUGAUUCGGUACUUCUAUGUGGUCGACAAGGCAUUGCACUUAGAGGUCAUCGUGACUCUGGAGUUCUUAAACUUGAAGAUCCAAUUAUAAAUGAAGGUAAUUUUAGGGCGUUAUUGAGAUUUUUUCUUAAGGCAACUGCAACAUCCGGCGAUAAAAGUUUUAUAUUAGCAAGAGAAAAUUGUGCUAGAAAUGCACAAUACAUAACGGACGAAACAGCUGAUAUAUCGGGUACUGAACAAUUUGCUCUAUGUGCCCGUUAUUAUGAUAAGAAAAACAAAAAUAUUCAUGAAGAUUUUUUAAAAUUUAUUCCGGUACAUGAUGUGAGUAGUAAAAGUUUAGCGAAUCAUAUAAUUAUUGAAUUAAAAGAAUUGAAUGUCGAUGUAAACAAUCUACGAGGUCAAGGUUAUGAUGGGGCGGCAAAAGAAAUAAUUAUGUGGAAUGACAGUGAUACAUCAAGUAAAGCAAAUCAACUUCUAUUAGCACUACAAGCAUCGGAAUUUAAUGUAGCCCUGACUAUUCUUAAUUAUGUUUUUCAGUAUACUCAUUCGCUAUGUAAAUAUUUACAAACCACAAAUAUUGAUUUAGUUGAAGCUGUUGAACAUAUAAGUUUAGUGAAAAAAAAAUUAAUGUCCAUAAGAAAAAACGUUAGUAUUGAAUUUAACAAACUAUAUAAUGAUCCUAAUGAAAGAUUAAAUGAUUUUGAAAUUAAAAUUGAAAUUCCUCGAUUAGCUAAACGCCAAAAACACCGCAUAAAUAUUUCAAUAAAUGAUCCUGAAGAAUAUUUCAAAAUAGCUUUAUUUAUUCCUUUUCUUGAUUCGUACAUUCAACAACUGAAUGAUCGUUUUAUAAAUCAUAAAAACAUUAUUAGUGGAUUUCAAAUGUUGAUGAACAGUUCAACAUUCAAUGAAGAAAGACUUAAAGAACUUGUUGAAUUUUACAAUUUAUUUCCAAAUGUGUUUAAGCUCUUGCAAAUACUGGUCACACUUCCUGUCACAUCUUGCGAAGCUGAAGGAUCAUUUUCAACACUCAAACGUAUUAAAACUUAUUUAAGAAACUCUACGUCCGAAUCGAGAUUGAAUGGACUAGCUGCUCUCAAUAUUCACUAUGAUAUUGACGUCAAAUCCGAAGAAUUAAUACAGCGUUUAUCAAAUUUAAAGCGUCGUUUAGACUUUAUUUUAUAA